UUGAGCUGAGUACGCUGUGGUUUUCUUCUUCUAACAUUUUUCCACGUUUCCUAGUUUUGUUUCUUUUUUUGUCGAGAAAUUUACUGGAAUUGGAAAGUAUCUUUCGGUUGCAAAAUUUUGGGAUUAUGACGGUUAGAAGAUUUUUUCUUGUCGCAGAAGUUGGUUCGUUUUGAGGAUUCCGGAGCAAUAGAUAUUUCGAAACUAGAUCAUCAGCGAAAACCUUGGAAAAGCCGACAAGAAGAUGAGGAGCUUUUUACUGGUUUUAUCUCUUGGCUUGGGUGUAUUUGCAAAUAUAAUCAUCGUGAAGCGCAACUUCACAAGCCCGCAGAUAUCGCGACCGAAAUCAUACACAGAAUUGAGGGAUGGCGUGGUCAUAACAUCAAAACCUGUGAAUUUCGAUCAUCAUGAAGUGAAAAUCAGAAAAGUUAAAUUGUGUCAAGUCUGCAAAUGCGGACUUGCGAGCAAAAACCGAAUUGUCGGCGGAGAAGCUCUGACUUACAACAAAUACACGUGGAUAGUAGCGAUGACCUACUUUGGACGAUACUUUUGUGCAGGAUCACUAAUCAAUGACCGAUACGUGGUAACAGCAGGACAUUGCACCAAUGGGUUCCAGAAGGAAAAUAUACAAGUCCACUUCCUCAACUACUCACGUGAUAAAGACUCUCCAUUGAAGCGAGGGGUUGCAGCCAUCAAGCGCUACAAAGGAUAUAACCCUAAAACACUUAAUAAUGAUAUUUCGUUGGUCAAACUAUCCAGCCGAGUUUCCCUAAGUGACAGUCUCAGACCCAUCUGUCUUCCAGAGGUUGGACAAUCUUGGGGUGGCUAUGAGGCAAAAGCAGUAGGCUGGGGAGCAACGCGUUAUCAAGGAAAGCCAGUAUCAACCCUUCAUGAAGUUACCGUUCCUAUCAUGACCAACGCAAUGUGCCGGAAUACAGUUUAUGGAAGACGAAUUACCAAGAACAUGUUAUGUGCAGGAUAUGUAAAUGGUGGAAAAGAUGCCUGUCAGGGUGAUAGCGGAGGCCCUUUGAUGGUAGCCAACAAUUCUGUUCAUUCGUUGGCAGGUAUCGUAUCGUGGGGUGCAGGCUGCGCUGCAAGGGGUAAACCAGGUGUAUACACUCGUGUCACUAAAUUCAUUGGUUGGAUUGAAGAGAACACUCACGAUGGCUGCUACUGUCAAGAAUGAGCUUUGUUCAUGGAUGGAUUACAUAA